CAAAAUUUUUAAAUAGCCUAAAAAAUCAAUACAUUUCGUAUGUUGUAGCACUGAACUUUUAGUUGUCGUUUAUGAAAAACAACGGUCCAAUUCUUCUUCAUCGUCGUCGUCUUCCAUGAGCAGCGACGAAACCAGAAGCCGCUCUUGCUGCAUUUCUCACCAAUUCUUCAAAGCAGCUUCCCACAACCCCAACAACGUUGCCCUCAUUCACGCUCGCUUUCCCAAUCAUGGCCACCGCUGCUUCAUCUACUCCCACCUACUCGCUUCUGUCAACUCUCUCGCCUCCCGUCUGCGCUCAUCCAUCGCCUCUUCGUCGGGACCCAGAAUAGUCGGGAUAUACGCACCGCCCUCAGCGGAAUACGUGGCGUCGGUACUGGCCGUGCUGAGGUGCGGUGAAGCUUUUCUGCCUUUGGACCCUUCCUGGCCGAAGGCUAGGGUUCUUUCCGCCAUGGCUUCUUCGAAUGUCGAUCUUGUUAUUGCGAGUAAGUCUCCUUUUGGUUUCGAGUCGGGGUCGAAUUGGCUGGCGGAGUCCGCCACGUGUCCUGUUCUGUGGUUUUCGUUAGAAGAAGACGGAGGAGGUGGAGAUCCUCAAGGCUUGGCAUGGCCGUGUGAGAAUGGGAGACUGAGGCAGUUCUGUUAUGUGAUGUACACUUCGGGCUCGACAGGAAAACCCAAAGGUGUUUGUGGAACUGAGCAAGGGCUUCUAAACCGGUUCUUAUGGAUGCAAGAAUUGUAUCCCUUGAAUGGAGAUGAAACUUUGUUGUUCAAGACGUCAAUAAGCUUUGUCGACCACUUGCAAGAGUUCUUUAGUGCUCUUCUCACUGCUUGUACGUUGGUCAUUCCUCCUUUCAACCAGCUCAAAGCAAAUUUGUUUUCUAUUAUUGAUUUUAUACAGGCAUAUUCUAUCAAUAGACUUAAUGCUGUUCCAUCAUUAAUUAGAACAAUUCUUCCUGCUUUGGAAAGUCAGCACAAUAUCCAUGCUCUAAGUUCAUUGAAAUUGUUAGUACUAAGUGGUGAAGUUCUGCCAAUAUCAUUGUGGGAAAUGCUGUCGAAGAUAUUACCAGGGACCGCUGUUCUGAAUUUUUACGGCAGUACAGAGAUAUCUGGUGAUUGUACUUAUUUUGAUUGCAAGAGGCUGCCUAUGAUUUUGGAGUCUGAGACACUGACAAGUGUUCCAAUUGGGAUGCCUAUUGCUAAUUGUGAAGUGGUUCUUGUUGGUGAUGAUGGCAUGCCCAAUCAAGGAGAAAUAUAUGUUUCUGGUAUUUGUAAUUCUAUUGGAUACUAUUCUGAUUCUACGUUUAUGUCUCUGGACCAAGUAAAAUUGCCCCACGACUAUGUCAACUGCAUUUCUGCAGAUAAACAUGGUUUGUAUUUUAGGACAGGUGAUUUUGCUAAAAGGCUUGAAGGUGGCGACUUAGUGUUUCUAGGCAGAAAAGAUCGGAUUAUUAAAUUGAAUGGACAACGUAUUGCUUUAGAGGAGGUUGAAGAUACAUUAAGGGAACAUCCAGACAUAGUUGAUUGUGCAGUAAUCACCAAUAAAAUUCAAGGAGAGAUUUUGUCACUGGUAGCAUAUGUAAUUUUACAAAAGAACAAAAACAAUGGAAUGUUAAGAUCUCAUAUCAAAAGUUGGAUGGUUGACAAAGUUUCAGUAGCAAUGGUCCCUAACUACUUCAUUUUCUCGGAAGCAUUUCCAAUUACAUCUAGUGGAAAAGUUGAUUAUGAUUCAAUGUCUUCUGAAUUUAUGGAAAAUCAUGUCAAGGAUGAGGUUGGUGAUGUUGAAAAUAUUGACCUAAUGGCAGUUAUUAAAAAGGCCUUUUGUGAUGUAUUAAUGGUUGCAGAGGUUUCUGAUGAUGAUGAUUUCUUUAUGAUGGGUGGAAACUCUAUUGCUGCUGCACAUCUUUCUAAUAACCUUGGAGUUGAUAUGAGAUUGCUUUAUUACUUUCCAAGUCCAUCUAAACUUUGUACUACUCUUCUUGAGAGGAAGAGAUCAGAACUAUACUUGGGAAAAGAUGUCAAUUGGGAGAUGAAUUUGAAACAGGAAAAAAGGAAACUGUUUCAUGCUGUUCACUCUAAGACUCCUAAUCCUGCAAACAAUAACUCAGGGCUUAAAUUAUUGGGAACCCAUCAUGGAAAGGAUGAAAUUCAUGCUGCUACCUCUAAACGCUUGAAGCUGGAUUCAAAUGUAAAUGUUACUUCGGAGGGCCUUACUCCACUUAAUUUCUAUCCCUGGAAUACUGCUUCAACAUGCUUUUCGUGUUCAUUCAGCCGGUGCAACAAUGUUUUAUACGAAUGUUAUAACAAGAUGAAUGAAUAUGACAAUAAGAUGGAUGAAAUUCAUCAAGCAACCUGCCUGAAAGUCUCAAGGAACAAAAAUUUUCUCAUGCAAGAGUUAUGGAAAGUUUACUUGGGAUCUUGUGUUGAUGCAUCCCCACUUAUAGUGUUUAGAAGCCCUGGCAUCUACUUGUUUAUUGGAUCUCACUCGCAUGAAUUUUUGUGCGUUAAUGUCAGAAGUGGUUAUGUCCAGUGGAGGAUCCAGCUGGAAGGACGGAUUGAAUGUUCAGCAACUAUUCUUGGUCACUUUUCUCAGGUUGUAGUUGGAUGCUACAAAGGGAAAUUAUAUUUUCUUGAUUUUUCAAAUGGCAGUAUCUGUUGGACAUUCCAAACUACUGGUGAGGUUAAGUCGCAACCAGUUGUUGACAUUCAAAGGCAAUUGGUCUGGUGUGGAUCACAUGACCAUAAUUUAUAUGCUCUCGAUUACAUUAAUUAUUGUUGUCUCUAUAAGGUUUCAUGUGGUGGGAGUAUAUUUGGAUCACCCGUGAUUGAUAAGGUCAAUGAUACACUAUAUAUAGCUUCUACUAGUGGUCGGAUAACAGCAAUAUCAAUAAAGGCUAUGCCAUUUAAUAUCUUGUGGCUGCAUGAAUUAGAAGUGCCAGUGUUUGGAUCUCUUGCCAUGAGUUCUCUGACUGGAAAUAUUAUAUGUUGCUUGGUUGAUGGACAUGUUAUAGCUUUGGAUUCAAGUGGAUCCAAAAUUUGGAAGUAUAAAAUUUGCGGUCCAAUAUUUGCUGGAGCCACCAUAUGCUCUACUCUUCCUUCUCAAGUGCUCAUAUGCUCUAGAGAUGGAAGUAUAUAUUCAUUUGAACAAGAAAAGGGUACAAUACUAUGGGAAUACAAUGUUGGAAAUCCAAUUACUGCAUCUGCAUACGUUGACGAGCACCUGUGUUUGACAUCGGAUUCUUCUCUUUUAUCAGACAGGUUGGUUUGUGUAUGUUCUAGCUCUGGAAGUGUAAUUUUGCUUCGAGUGAAGAUGGAAGCGCGUGGAGAAGCGGAUGAUGUUGAGGAAGUUGCAAGGCAUGACCUUGAAGGAGAUGUGUUUUCCUCGCCUGUCAUGGUUGGUGGAAGAAUUUUUGUUGGUUGCAGGGACGAUUAUGUGCAUUGUCUUGAUGUUAUCAUGUGAAUUUUGAAUCAUAAUUCUGAUGAGCUUAUAGCUAAGACUUGUACCCAAAAGCCGUAUUUUUGCAUUACACAGGGAAAAAAAGGAGUCACAUAUGAUUUAUACA